CGCAAUUGAAGAUAACAGCAGCAUAUAGCCAUGGCUGCUGCUGCUGCUGUUUCUUCUUCUUUCUUCACUUGUCGGUUUAAUGCAUUAUCGGUGUUGUUGGUAGUGUUGGGCUUCGUAACCAUCUUGCAUUUCAACAAGUGCGAGGCUCAGCUGAGCCCGACGUUCUACGACAGCACUUGCCCCAACGUGUCAGCCAUCGUGCGUGAGCAGUUGGUGCUUGCACAGAGCUCCGACCCACGGAUCUUCGCCAGUCUCAUCCGUCUCUUCUUCCAUGACUGCUUCACUGAUGGAUGCGAAGCCUCACUUUUGCUAGAUAAUACUACUGAAAUUAAGAGCGAAAAGUUUGCUCGUCCAAACAACAACUCGGCGAGAGGGUUCGAGGUCAUCGACGCUGUCAAAACCGCCGUGGAGAGCAGCUGCCCCGGAGUCGUGUCUUGUGCUGACAUCUUAGCGAUUGCCGCCGAAGCAUCCGUCUACUUGUCGGAAGGUCCUUCUUGGACUGUGUUACUUGGAAGAAAGGAUGGAAGGACAACCAACUUCACAGCCGCUAAUAACCUCCCCUCCCCAUUCGACAAUGUCACCGUCCUCCGGCAAAAGUUCACCGACGUUGGCCUCAAUGAUACUGAUCUUGUCGCCUUGUCAGGAGCUCACACCUUUGGGCGGGCGCAAUGCUUCACCUUCAUUCGCCGGCUCUACAACUUCAGCGAUGGCAACCCAGACCCAUCGCUGAACACAACCUACCUUGCUGAGCUGCAGCAACGCUGCCCACAGGGCGGCAAUGGCAGCGUGCUCAACAACCUCGACCUCGACACCCCGGACGUGUUCGACAACAAGUACUACACCAACCUGCAGAACCUGAACGGACUACUCACGACCGACCAAGACCUGCUCAGCGCCGCCGACACCAAUGCCUCCACUGCCCCCGACGUCAACCGCUUCGCAGCCGACCAGAACGUCUUCUUUGAAAGCUUCAUACAGGGGAUGAUCAAGAUGGGGAACAUCGCGGUGCUAACGGGGAGUAACGGGGAGGUUAGGGGCAAUUGUCGGGUGGUGAAUGGAGCGAGUGGUAGCCAACUUGCGAUCCAACUGAGGAACAGCGAAGCUUCCUCUGCUGAAGAGAUUUAACUGGAAUAGAUUUGUGUUUUGUGGAGUUGAUGAAUAAAAUAAUUGUUUGAAUAACGUUUAGUGUGAUCAGUCAGUCGAUGACUGUUUGUUCAAGUUUGUUCCUAACGCGUGACUUUAUAA